AUGCUCGAAGGAAGCACACCGUACUCCUUUGCGGAGAUGGAUCUUGUUCUCGACAGGAUGGACGAAACCGCAAAGAAAGGACAGAAUGUCCUUGCUCACUGCAGAGGAGGUGUCGGACGUGCUGCAGUUGUCGCCUGCUGUUGGUUGCUUCGACUCCGUUAUUUCAAAGAUCACCGCGAGGUCAUUGGCUGGGUCAGGGCACAGCGAUCACCCAAAGCCAUUGAGACGGUGGAGCAGGCUCAUUUUGUCGCAGGAUUUCAACUCUGGACCAAAGGAGGUUUGGAUCGAAGCAACAGCAAAGCUUACGAGACCGAAAUCCAACGGAGGAUAAACAUGAGUGAAGCCUAUAUGGCCAAGGCGCGGGAGGAUGCGGCCGCCAAGAACUCGCGUGGACAUCGUGCAGACUCUCCUCGUCAACACCACGCACAGUUGUACCAACAACAACAUCAGCAACAACAAAACCACAUUCACUCAUCGCACCAGGACUAUGUCAGAGAGAGCCCUCAGCCUUUUGUGGGACACCUCCUCAAAGAUGUCACGAAUCUCACCCAGACCAGUGGAAAGAUGCACAGGAACUGCGUCCCGUCACUCCGCAGGACGUUGGAUCUCUGUUUGGGCAAGAUGGCCGAUGCUUGCCAAUUGGUCGCCCUGUACCCUCUGAUCCGCCUGUGGUAUCUUACUGUGGAUUUUGAGACCUUCCAGGGCGCGACGAUAUUGAACAUUGGCGCAUUGUCAGGACUGGUGCUGCUGAACAUGGUCACGAUACAACUUGACGAUGAGGGCGAUGUGGACCUCAACAGGACGGGUGAGCCCCAGCCGGCUAUGCUGAGUCUUGGAGAUACUUGGACCAGACGACCAGGAUAUCUUCAUCUGCUCUCGAAACUCGAGCUUCCUUCAAGAGCUGUCGGCUUGAUCCGUGCGGAUGCAGAGGGGAGUGAUUGGACGAUGAAAUGGAUGGAGUGGAUGGAAGCGACGUGA